AUGCAGUACGUGCUGUGCCGCUGGACCGAUGGGCUCUAUUACCUUGGGAAGAUCAAGAGGGUGAGUGGCUCCAAGCAGAGCUGCCUGGUCACGUUUGAGGACAACUCCAAGUAUUGGGUCCUCUGGAAGGACAUCCAGCAUGCUGGUGUCCCUGGGGAGGAGCCCAAGUGCAGCAUCUGCCUGGGGAAGACAUCAGGCCCCAGGAAUGAAAUCCUCAUCUGCGGGAAGUGCGGGCUGGGUUAUCACCAGCAGUGCCACAUCCCAGUGGCGAGUGGCAGUGAGGGCCCACUGGGGACCCCGUGGUUCUGCCGCCGCUGCAUAUUUGCCCUGGCUGUGCGGAAGGGAGGUGCCCUGAAGAAAGGAGCCAUUGCCAGGACACUGCAAGCUGUGAAGAUGGUGCUGUCCUACAACCCUGAGCUGCUGGAGUGGGACUCCCCACACAGGACCAACCAGCAGCAGUGCUACUGCUACUGUGGAGGCCCUGGAGAGUGGUACCUGAAGAUGCUGCAGUGCUACCGCUGCCGACAGUGGUUCCAUGAAGCCUGUACCCAGUGCCUCAGUGACCCCAUGAUGUUUGGAGACAGGUUCUAUGUGUUUUUCUGCUCUGUAUGCAACCAGGGACCUGAAUACAUCAAGCGCCUGCCCUUGAGAUGGGUGGAUGUUGUCCAUCUCGCCCUCUACAACCUGGGUGUACAGAGCAAGAAGAAGUACUUUGACUUUGAGGAGAUCUUGGCCUUCGUGAACCACCACUGGGACCCGCUGCAGCUUGGGAAGCUCACAGGUACCCCCAUCUCCGAGCGCGGCCCACACCUCCUCAACGCGCUCAACAGCUACAAAAGCAGGUUUCUGUGUGGGAAGGAGAUCAAGAAGAAGAAAUGCAUCUUCCGCCUGCGGAUCCGCGUUCCGCCGAACCCUCCCAGCAAGGUGCUGCCGGAGAAAGCCCCUGGUGAGGCUGAGAGCAGCUCCUGUGAGCUGAAGAAGAGGGGGAAAAAAUAUGUCCAUAAGGACAGCCUCCUGCCGCGGCAGCUCCAGCAGCAGAAGCGGAGAGCGGCACGGCGCAAGAGGGCCAAGUUCCUGCUGGAGGAUGCUAUUCCCAGUAGUGACUUCACCUCUGCCUGGAGCACCAACCACCACCUGGCCAGCAUCUUUGACUUCACGCUGGAUGAGAUCCAGAGCCUGAAAAGUGCCAGCUCAGGACAGACUUUCCUAUCGGACGUGGACUCCACGGAUGCUGCCAGCACCUCAGGCUCGGCCACCACCAGCCUCUCCUACGAGUCCAGGUGA